GUGCUCCUUUUUGUCAGCUGACUGCUUCCUCAGUGCACUUUUAGGCAAUGCCGAUGCCAUUUUAGCUGAGUUUUCAGCGUCUUAUAGUGACUGUCGCGCAUUUCCCGUUUUCCUAGCCCCAUGCUCCCCGAAUUUGUCUCCUUGUCCGCCUCAAUUCGCAAGCCAGAUCUACGCCCAAAACGUGGAACACUUCCACGUCAGCAUGGUGAUGAACCCCCUGUUCGAACGAUUCAUGCACCGUCUCGCCGUGCAAGUCAACGAGUCCCUUUUGCGUAAUCAUGAACUCGUCGAGGCUUUUGAACCGGUGAACUCUCUGAUGAAGUUACUCGUGCACUUCUGCUUUGAUUCUCGUUUCCACAUGAAGCAGCACAACACGAGUAUUUGGAUUCGACCCUUCCUUGAGCUGCUUCAACUCGACACUUCUGUUCGAGUCGCCUUCUCACAGAUGACCUUUCUUUCCAACCCCAAACACGUUUAUGAAUUCCUUUUCCGGUGUCCAUAUCCAGAGGUACGCUUCCUCUACGGCCUUCUGAUGAUUCACAUCGCCUACAAAGAGCUGACUGAAUUCGUUUCCUCCGGGGAGCCCAGUUUCAUGGCGUCAUUCCAAACCUCGUCAACCCCCUCCCCCUCAUCUUCCUCCAGCCGUUCUCCGGCUUCCCUCGGCUCCAGCACCAACCAAUCCAUCGCCUCCUCCUCCGCUGCCACAACCGAGCUCCCUCUGCAUGACUUCAUUAUCCACCUUCUGAUCUCCGAACUCCCCAAUUGCUUCACGGCGGCAGGAUCAGCGUCGACGUUUACCGAAACCACCUACGGACCGGUGACCUCAUCCGGUGUCUAUUGGUCAGCUUCAGUGUACGACCAGAAAACGCUGAUUGCCAACCGAAGCAAGGGCGGACAAGUGCUCUCCUUCUUGCUUGAUUACGCUCACCUUGGGCCAAUAGCUGUGCAGCAUUUACUGCAGCUAGAUGUGCAUUCGAGACUUCUUACUUGUCUAUUGGAGCGUGAUCCACACAAGUAUUCUUCAUCCACAUCGUCCCCUCUUUCCUCCCACGCUGCCAACCAAACCGUGAACUUGACUACAUGCGAGGGUUACCGCGCGAUCUGCCAAGCUCUCGGUGAUGAAUUCUUCCUCAUUUUUGACCACUCCAUUCGCCUUCUUGCAACCUACCACCUGGCCCUGGAGCAGUCGUCCUUCCGUUCGUCUAUUUCCACGUCCUCGCCCACCAGCCUCCUCUCGUCCCUUCCCCCAGUCGAGUCGCCUGCUUACGUGUCAACCGGGGAAUUCAAACCUCAACUUUUCAACUUCACCCCCUCCAAUUUCGUGCUCUCCUCCGCGCUCAAUACCGCCCUGGAUUUGCUUACCUUCCUGCUGCGCAACUCCCAACCAAUCGCCUUGCGACACCACCAGCUCCCUCAGUGCCCUCUUUCCUCGAAGGUUCUCCGAAAAGUCCUGGAUGAGCGCAGCCUUGAGAAACUGCUUCAUAUGCUCUUCGUGAGCUGUCUGAGUCAAUGCAGUCUCGUCCCCAUUAUCGAUCUCGUCAAGACACUCACGACGGAGUGUGCGCCUCUCUCCAGAUGUGUCAUCGACGAGCUCCUGCCUGUGAUCUUCCCUCGUCACCUCUCUGCUAACCCCGAGGUGAAUUCGGAGCUCGCGAUCCCAGUCUUCAUGGAAGCCCUCUCGGUGUUCGACUCCUUCCAAGAGGAUCGUCUCUCCUAUGCAUUCCUGAGCAACAACAUCUACAAUGUGCUCACUCUAACCGAGCAAUCGCAACCACACACACUCGGUACCCUGGGGAUGCUCAUGUUGCGCGCGUUGGCCAACAUGGUGGUUAAAUUUGACUUCUUCCGGGAAUUCUUCGAAUCCCAUAGGCACGCGGGUCUCUACUUCGCUGACAUCAUUAGUCGUGUCCUUGGGGUGUGGGAACGCUCUCCACCACCCUCUGCAACAGCGUACUUGCAGCUUCUGGACGCAGCCAGACAGUUUCUUCCGACUCCACUUUCUGAAGACGAAGAAGAAGGCGAGGAGGUUUGUGAAGAUGAUGACGAUGAGGAGGAGGCGGAGGAUGAAGAGGAGGUGGAGGAGGAGGAGGAAGAAGAUGAUGGGGUGGUGCGAGGAAAAGAAGUGGAUUAUGAAGAUGAGGAAAAAGUGGACGAAGGAGAAUCCAUGGAUAGUGGAACCGAAAAUGGCGACUUCAACUCGAGUGUCGAAAUGCGUAACGACCAUCCCGGGAACACCAACGAUGGCCGUAAUAACUAA